AUGGGUCACGUGAUCUAUGCUGUCAAUGCUGGAGGAAACGCCCACAUCGACACCUUCGGUAUAAUGUACGAGAGGGACCCCCUCGAGGGCAAAAUCGGCACGGCGUCAGACUUCGGCAGGCGAAUCCUCAUAAGGGACGUCCCCAUCGCGGACCAAGUUUUGUAUCAGACCGAACGCUUCCACCAUUCCACGUUCGGCUACGACAUCCCCCUGAAGGGCGACGGGGAAUAUAUACUCGUCCUCAAGUUCUGCGAAGUCUAUUUCGACGCCCCUGGUAAGAAAGUAUUCGACGUGGUGCUGAAUGGCGGGAUGAAAGUGCUGCCAGGGUUAGACAUAUUCAGCCGUGUUGGGCGAGGCGUCGCUUGCGACGAACACGUCCCAUUCACCAUCGUUGGCAAUUCAGUUUUCGUAGCUGGCCGGGAGAGUGUUCUCAGAAGCAAUACUCUGAGGGUGGAGUUCGCGAAGGGCUUGAAAGACAACCCGAAAGUGAACGCGUUGUUCGUCAUGAAGAUCAAGAUGGACGAGUUCCUCAACCUAGUUUUCCCAGGUCGAAACGACCUGAUCACCAGCCUGCAGGAGCUGAAGACUAUUCUGGGGAGCAUAAUCGACAAAAAUAUAAACAGUUUCGAAAAUAAGGACGGAGAACUGAAAGGGGUCAAGUAUCAGCUGUUGGAGGACGAACCGAGUGACAUGAAGCGGCUGUCUAAGGAUAAGCCAGGAAGUGGUACGAAGAAUUUUGACCCGUAUGAAGCAGACACGAGCUACAUCAUUCCUAUUCUAACUGCUCUUGGGGCUAUGGUCCCCUUGAUUUUCCACUUCUGUAGAAUCUAA